UGCGUUAGAGUGUUUUCUAAAAUAUUACUGUAGUCAUCGCUGUCGCUAGCUUGUCUGAUGUUUAUCGUUAACUUAAGCAAAGUUACAAAAUUACAAGCAUAGCUGUAUUUUACGACUGUGGUAAGAAGGAGCGCACCGUUGGUCAACUUGACGUCAAGUUUAAAAUACCUGGAUCCACGCGUGGCGUCUUGUGUCGAGCAGACAAUGAAACUACGAUGAAAAAUACAAACAUUUUAACCAUGGAAAUCAGAUUUCUAACAAACGCAACAGACUACUAGGGAUUUUGUUACUCGAGAAUACUGGCGUGCCUUCAUCUAUGUUGGCCAAGAGAAAUUGGUUAAUAUAAGAGACGCUACGAAUCCCCUAACAAGAGGUCACAGAAAAGCCUUAUAAUGAUGUAUCGUGCUUUUUGGGAUACAAUAUUCCUUCUUACCGGCUCUCUUUUCACAUAUGGGCAGGUGCAAGAAAAUUCUACCUCAACUACAACCAUUGCAACCACCACCACAACAACAACUACCAUCAGAACCACAUCAAGCACCACAAGCACCACGACGACUACAUCUACCACUACACGUGUCAGAAAGUUUAUAGCAGCUGCUGUUCACUCUCACUUUGAUGACUGCCCUGACUCCCACAGCCAGUUCUGUUUCCACGGCACGUGCCGCUUUCUCAUCCUGGAGGAAACGCCUGCUUGUGUUUGUCACCCUGGCUUCAUGGGUAUGCGCUGUGAACAUGCAGACCUCUUGGCAGUGGUGGCGUCCAAUCACAGACAGCAGACUGUGGCUACCAUGCUGGUGAUGUGUGUGGUGGGCAGCGUACUGCUCAUGCUACUCUGCACUUUAAUAAAUUGUUGGUGGAGACGUGGAGGUUGUGGGCGAUGUAACACCAUCUGGUGUUGGUCGGAAAAGCCUAGUAGUAUUCUGACGGGCGGGACACCCUGCUGUCACGCAGAAACGGGAAAUGUUCCUUACACAGAAGUGGUUUGACGUGUUUUCUGGAGCCCAGACAUUUGCUUGAAAAGCUUCAUAAGAAAGCUUUCCCUGAUAUGUUCCACCUUAUCACUCAACAAGACCGUGGCGGCUUUUUCAAGGUACAGACUCACUCAACAAAUAUUGAGAGCAUUUCAGUUUGGGCAAUGGGAAAACGCAAAGCAAAAAUUGAACUUUUGCAAUGCAAAACGUUUUUUUGGACAACAGCAAUUACAAGAACUUAACAAAGAUGGGACUCAAAAGGACUCUUGACAGAAGAACUCAGAAAAACAACUUGGAACUCAAUGACAUGUUUGGGUGAUUUUUAAUCCUAAUGGAGCGACCAGAAUUUAUUCAGUAUACAGUGAGAUAGAGACAAGCUGAUUCAUAUACAAGAUCAGCUGAUUCAGAAGUGAAACUAUGAGAGGUUUUAAAGGAAUCAUUCUUACUAACAGAGCUUUACCAUCAAUAUUCUCCCAAUUUUUUUUUUUUUAAAUACCACAAUUGUAUAUAAAAUCACUCUUGUGUAUAACAGGAUGUAAAAUGCACUAAAAAGUAGUUUAAGAUGUAGUUUUUAUUAUCACAUUUUAUCACAUGCCAUGGUUAAAGAAUGGGAGAUUAAGAAUGAGAAAUGAAUUAUCAUAUAUUAGAGCGUAUAUUGGCUGGCAGACAGCGUAUAUUAGACCUACCAAAGCCUUUGCCAAUUUCUUUUAACUCGAUCUCUUUACAAUAAUAAUAAUGAGGAAUCAAAUAAUUUCCAGAGAUAAACAGCAAACAUGAGAGACUAAAGUCAACUUUAGGGACUAAUAGUAAUAUUUACACUUUUUUUACUUUUAAAGAAAUUCAGUUUUUAUGUUUUUUAUCAAAGCACUUGCUGUUCUUGAAAUUCACAUUCAUGACAUGUAACUUGAUGAGUUAUGCAUAUAUUCACAAAUUUCACACAGUAUGUUCAUGCACAAAAAUUGUGUUUGUUGCAUAGUAUAAAGAGAGUGUGUUGACGUUUAAAGGUGUGUGCCAACAAUGUAAGAUUUUGGGAGACUCUGUUUGAUCACUAUAUUUAGCAACGGUAUGACAUCACAUGACAUCACGAUUUUAAUAUAAUGCAUGUUCACUUUGAAAAGAUUGGGUGCAUUUAUGAUCACAUAAAUUCACAUAUUUCACUGUGCACAGUAUCAAUACAGUUACCUUUAAAUGGACACUUUAGUACCCUGAUGGCUGUAAGUGCAAGAAAUGAUGAUUAUUUCUGUAAAUUAUUUUUAAACCUAAAGUGCAUCUUUAAAUACGUCACUGUAUCUUUAAGGGCAUAAGUCACUCACUUUAACAUCAUAAACACCAUGCAUGUUUUUUCACAGAUGGCACACAUGCACAUACAGAGUCUCAAAUCCUGCCAUAAAAGUGUAAUCAAUGUGACGCUUCACUUUUAUCAACGUCGAAUUAUUAUGCAAUAUAGAAGCUUUACACUUCAAUAUUUUAAACUAUAUGUUAUUUUGUUAUUGUUGUCUAACCUGUCCCUGUGCUUUUGUCAAUAAUCUCAUGUUAAAAAACAUAAGGCGUUGUCCCUUAUAAAUGUAUUUCAGAGGUAUUUAUAAAGCUUUACUAUUUAUACAGUCUUUAACAACUACAGUUGUUUAAAUAAUAUGCUGGGCCAAAUAAACAUUUGCUAAUAUAGGCGCUUAUACAAUCUAACCCUAUUUAAAAUUGGCAAAUGAUUGGUCCAGCACAGAAAAUGUGAGCAAUAAUUUGGUCUGUUUUGACCAUGUUAUAUCAAAUUUAGAUGAUGUAAGCAAGUGAUGAAGUUUGAUCACUGUGUGGCUUUUCGAGAAUUUGACCAAGUAAUCCCAAAAGUCCUUGAAGGUGGGAGAGGAUUCAUCCAUGUGACUAAUCCAACAUUUUGUUUACCAUGGAGAUCAAGAUGACCCUUGAGUUGUCAUCUUUGUGAUGAAUGUUUAGGUUCGGUUAAAAUGUAUAUAUCAAUGUUUAUUUAUUUUUGAAUUUGGCUGAUCAUAGCGUGCUACUUAAUAAUAAUUAAUCAAUUGAUUUAUGUAAAUAAAUUGGUUUGGUUGUAUGGUAAUAAAUGAAUAUUUAGUUAUUACAUGUAAAUGAGAUAAAGAUGAAGUGAUUAAAAAGAAAAGGUGAAUAAUUUGAGUGUUAAUGUAUACUUAAGAUUAAAGGAUGAAAUGUAAUUUAUUAUAAUCAACAAAGGAAAUUUUUUCUUUUUAUUGGGUAUUUUGGAGUGAAUUGUUUCAUUGCAUAAUUUCCAGACAUGAAAUUUCAGUCAUCCCUGAUGAUGUCAUAGAUAAAUGGCUUUACAGCAAAGAUGAUGCUCAGUGUUUCAUCUCUUGCUAUUGUUCCAACUGAAUCCCAUUUAAACUUACCGUGGUUAGCUGUUUACUGACCUACAAAACAGCUGAAAAACAUCUUCGUUAUUUGAUUCAUUGUCAGCAUGUCUUUCUCUUUAAAUUCUGUUGUUUCAUUUAACAAGGCUUUGUAAAUAGUGUGGGAAUAUUAUUUUGAUUGUAUAUGGAGAAUGAGUUGUUUUCUAUUGACUCACUGAACGUCAGUCAAGCAUGUAGAGGUAUUGAAAUUGUAAAGAAUGGGUGAUUCCACUAUGGCUCUCACAUGACUGUAUGAUGUCUGUUUUUGAUCUCUUUAAGUUUGCAUAUUUUUCCAAAUAACACUUAAAUGCUGCAGAUUUUGGAGUCGACUCAUUAUUUCAUUUGUAUUUAAAUAGAUUUUCGAUGUGUUCCUUGCACUCUUACAAAAUUAAGGUUACUCUUUGUUGGGCUCUACAUCCACAAAUGGUUCUUUGAAGAAAACUGCGAUUUACUUUUUUUUUGCAUCUUUUUUUAAGAGUGUUUGAAUUGAACCCAUGACAUCAGCCAUUCUUUUCCUCUUUGCAUUUACAUCACAUUUAUGCAUUAGGCAGACUUAAAGUUUAUUCCCUGGAAAUCGAACUCUUGACCUUUUGUGCUGGUAAUGCAAUCUUAUACCAGUUAAGCCGAACACAAAGGACACAAAGUUUGCAAAAAUAUCCUUUUUCUAAGGCUUUCUAUCCAUGUGCAUCUUUCAUCGUAUAAAAAUAUUUCAAGAAGGUCUAAUAAAAACUGGAAAUGUAAAACCGGAAAACCUCGGGCACUACUAAACAAAGAAAAUUCUGCCGGAGUGCUGUUUUUGCUAGAGGAAAUGCUUGGCUCCUUUUACUUACCAGUUGAUUUAUUUUAUUUGUUUGGUUAAACCUUUUGUGAGAAAGGCACUAGAGAUCAAGAAAGGUCAUGCAUGAGUGAGUACGUAAUGUAAAGUGCAUGUGUGGUGGACACUACAUAAUGUUUACUUGUUUUUAGUGUUCAUUUGUCUUUGCCUCUUUAAA